CAGCCCUCCUGACACCAUAUCUCUGGAGCUCGGACAACAAGUCGCUAUGAUUCCGCUGGCGAAGUCAUUUUUGACAAGCCCGAGGAUAUUUUCAGCAUGUUUACGACUUUACUCUUCCCUUAGCUGUACGUUUCACGACGUAACGCUGAAAUGAUUGAAAACAUGGACAAAAAAGCUACCUGGGACCGCUUCUAUGCUGAAGGCAGCCGCAAGACGUUCAAGAAUUUUGAGUGGUUCUUUGGCUUUGAAACAGUGCAAAACUUUAUCAUGCCUGUAUUACAGACCAUGGCCAGUCCCGAUGCCAGGCUGCAAGUCCUGGAUUUGGGCUGCGGCACUUCCGCUUUGGGUCCAUCUGUUUACCAGCGCUGUGCCGUGCCAGUUCGGGUCACGUGUGGGGACAUAUCUCCCGUGGCCGUACGGCUCUUGCGGGAGCACGUGCGAGCUGAAGCAGUCCGACCUGGCAACCAUUCUUCCCAGCUGGACUUUGUAGAGCUGGACUGUACGCAGCUGCAUAAACACUUUGGUCCCGCCAGUGUGGAUCUCAUUGUGGACAAAGGCACCACGGACGCCUUGUUGAAAUCCCAGGAAGGGAAAAGCAGCGCCGGCCUGGUGCUGAAGCAAUGUUUGAAAGUGCUGCGCCAUUCGGGGUCUCUGCUCCAGUUUUCCGACGAGGAUCCAGAUGCCAGGCUGGUAUGGCUGGAGACGAAAGCCCGGUCUGCACGUGUCGCAGUGCAGGAAGUGGGGGAAUGGAGAGGAGUAUGUUACUACUGCUAUCAGGUGACCCCCCCCAUCACAACCGUGAAACACUGAUCUUGGUUUUGCGGUGCAA